ACAUCUUUCCGUCUUCAGAUUGAAGACGUGAGAGGGAGGAGGCGGCGAGCAGGGUGGGGCGGGGCGGCAGCCAACGGCCGCCAACGGUCGGACGGUCACGUCGUCCGCCCGCCGCCGCUCCCCUCACACCCCCGUAGAGCCGGGGACUUGAACGGCCUCCGGAACAUUGGAAAGUUCCUGGUGCAACUGGAAAGGCAACUUCAGUUGAUCCAUCUUCCCUAAAAUACGCAGGCAGCCAGAUACGGAAUUGCAACGAUGAUGGAAGACAGUUUAGAUCUAAUGAAUGGAUGUAGCAAAGUUCGAGCUGGUAUUCAGAGUGAAGCAGCAUUACUGGCUUUAAUGGAAAAGACUGGUUACAGCAUGGUUCAGGAAAAUGGGCAAAGAAAAUAUGGUGGUCCUCCUCCAGAUUGGGAAGGUCCACCUCCACCCAGAGGGUGUGAAGUUUUUGUUGGAAAGAUCCCUCGUGAUAUGUAUGAAGAUGAAUUAGUUCCCGUGUUUGAGAGAGCAGGGAAGAUAUAUGAAUUCCGACUUAUGAUGGAAUUUAGUGGUGAGAAUAGAGGUUACGCCUUUGUGAUGUAUACUACUAAAGAAGCAGCCCAGUUGGCUAUCAGAAUUCUUAAUAAUUUUGAGAUUCGUCCUGGGAAAUUUAUUGGUGUCUGUGUGAGUUUAGAUAAUUGCAGAUUAUUCAUUGGAGCUAUUCCUAAAGAAAAGAAGAAAGAGGAAAUAUUGGAUGAGAUGAAGAAUGUUACCGAAGGAGUUGUGGACGUCAUUGUUUAUCCAAGUGCCACAGACAAAACCAAAAAUCGUGGUUUUGCUUUUGUAGAAUAUGAGUCCCAUAGAGCUGCUGCUAUGGCCAGGAGAAAACUCAUUCCAGGAACAUUCCAGCUCUGGGGCCACACAAUUCAGGUUGACUGGGCAGAUCCAGAAAAGGAGGUUGAUGAAGAAACAAUGCAGAGAGUUAAAGUGCUAUAUGUAAGAAAUUUAAUGAUCUCCACGACCGAAGAAACAAUUAAGGCAGAAUUCAACAAGUUUAAGCCAGGGGCUGUUGAACGUGUUAAGAAACUUAGAGACUAUGCUUUUGUUCAUUUUUUCAAUCGAGACGAUGCCAUGACCGCUAUGUCUGUUAUGAAUGGAAAAUACAUUGAUGGAGCCGGUAUUGAGGUAACAUUGGCAAAACCAGUGAAUAAAGAGAACACCUGGAAGCAACAUCUUAAUGGUCAGAUUAGCCCUAACUCUGAAAACCUACUUUUAUUUCCUAACAAAGAAGAGGGACACAUAAAAAUUCUGGGUAAACCUGCAUUUCUUCCACCUCGUCUUAAUGGUCAGCGAGGUCCAAAGCAAAUUCCUGAAAUUGAGAGAUACACUUAUCCAUAUUUCCCUGGGACAAAACUUACUCCAAUUAGUAUGUAUUCCUUAAAAUGGAAUCAGUUCAAUUCUGCAGUAAUGCAUUUGGAUUAUUACUGCAACAAAAAUAAUUGGGCUCCACCUGAGUAUUUUUUGUAUUCAACUACAAGUCAAGAUGGAAAAAAUCUUUUGGUGUAUAAAGUAGUUAUUCCUGCUCUCUCAAAUGGUGCCCAGAGUUAUUUCAUGCCUGACAGACUCUGUACAACACUAGAAGACGCAAAGGAAAUGGCAGCCCAGUUUACAUUGCUCCAUUUAGACUACAGUUUCCAUCGCAGCUCAGUAAAUAGUAUUUCCCCUGUUAAUGCCACUCUCACUUCUGGGACACCCAGCGUGCUUCCGUACACAUCAAGGCGUUAUUCUUGUCCACGCUAUCCCUUGUCACCGACAGUAUCGCUUGCAAACUGCAGCCAUGUUGGACAGCGACCCCGUGGCUCCAAUCAGGCCUCGCUCUUCUGAAGAAAAUGUAAAAAUCAGUAUGAAAAUUGAUUGCCAAUGCAUAUAAAAGCUGUUUUACUUUUGGAUCGGGCUUGCUCAGUUAGUUUCGAAAUGCAAAAUACAUUUGUUUCAAAAUAGUAACUUUAACAGUGCACAUGAAUGCUUACAUUUGCUGAACUAAGGGAAUAAAAUUUUUAAGUGCUAUUAAAUGAUUUCUCUUAAAAGGGGUACAGUAGUAUACCACGAUUUUAAGUAUUUCCAAUUCCUGGUCCCAAGUGUGGGCAGCAGAACUUGGUGGUUUAUGUUCAAAGUGUUUCAGAUCAUUUCUUUACAUAUCUUUAGUAUUAAAACAUGCAGAUCCCUAGUUACGUUAGGUCUGUCGCCAAAGAUCACGUCCUAUGUUAGAGAUUAAAACAAUUAUUUAACAAGAAGCAUGUAACCAUUAUGUGGCCCAAGAAUGAUGAGGGAAAAAGAUUAAGGAAAUUGUAUUUGGUAACAAUAAUAAUAAAAAAACCAACUAUUGUGGUUCUUGAAAAUCUCUUUGACUGUUUGAACCAAGAAAAGUGCCAGCUUAAGAAGUAAAUCACAUUAUCUUUGCUGUUAAUUUAUUCAAAGUUAUGCUUCAUUUGAACUUGUGCUGUUUUAAUCGUUUAGUAGUUUAAGAAAUGUUCCUGUAUUUUUAAAACGUUAAAAUCACUUUUUAAGUUCUGUACUUGAAUUCUAGCACUUUCACAUU